AUGUUUAUCGGCGGCCUUAGCUGGGACACUACAAAGAAAGAUCUGAAGGACUAUUUCUCUAAAUUUGGUGAAGUUGUAGACUGCACUCUGAAGUUAGAUCCCAUCACUGGGCGAUCGAGAGGUUUCGGCUUUGUACUCUUCAAAGAAUCAGAGAGCGUAGAUAAGGUCAUGGACCAGAAAGAACAUAAGCUGAAUGGAAAGGUCAUUGAUCCAAAAAGAGCUAAAGCCAUGAAAACAAAAGAACCUGUUAAAAAGAUUUUUGUUGGGGGCUUAUCUCCAGACACUCCUGAGGAGAAAAUAAGGGAAUAUUUUGGAGGUUUUGGUGAGGUUGAAUCGAUAGAGCUCCCCAUGGACAACAAAACUAACAAGAGGCGUGGAUUUUGCUUCAUUACUUUCAAGGAGGAGGAACCAGUGAAGAAAAUAAUGGAAAAGAAAUACCACAAUGUUGGGCUUAGUAAAUGUGAAAUAAAAGUAGCCAUGUCAAAGGAACAGUACCAGCAGCAGCAGCAGUGGGGAGGUGGAGGCCCCAGCCAAAACUGGAACCAGGGAUACAGCAACUACUGGAAUCAGGGAUAUGGGAACUAUGGCUACAACAGCCAAGGGUAUGGAGGUUAUGGAGGAUAUGACUACACUGGUUACAACAACUACUAUGGAUAUGGUGACUAUAGCAAUCAGCAGAGUGGUUAUGGGAAAGUAUCUCGGCGAGGUGGUCAUCAAAAUAGCUACAAACCAUACUAAAUUAUUCCGUUUGCAACUUACCCCAAACAGGUGGAGACGCAGUAUUUUCUCAUUUGAAGAUUCAUUUGAGGUGGCACAUGCUACCUGCUAAUAGCAGUUCAAACUAAUUUUUGUAUCAAGUCCAUGAAUUGGAAGUAAGACGUUGGGUCCCUCUGAAGUUUAAUUGAGUUUUCAUUAAGACAAAAUUGCUUUCACGGUCUUAUUUCUUAAUUGCUAUGCUUAAGGAUCAAUUUGUUUUAUGCCCCUUCCUCAGUAUUGUAGCGCAAGUCUUGUGUUCAAAAGCCCAGUGUGACAGUGUCAUGAUGUAGUAGUGUCUUACUGGUUUUUUAAUAAAUCUUUUUGUAUAAAUGUG